AUGAGGUUGCACUCGUCUUUCUUUCUCGUGCUGCCGGGUGUAUGCCUGGCGGCCGAAGUUAGUUCUCAAAGUUUUGAAACAGUUGAGAACACCACUACCUAUCAGGAUUCGCAGCAGGACACCACUGAUGCGGUGACAAGAAACAUGGAAGCGGAGGGUUUCAGCCUUCCACAGACAGAAGAAGGUUAUGUUGAACAAGUCAAUGCGGAAGGUGAAGAAUCAGAUCGUCCGGACUGGAGGAAGAUGCUCAGAAACAGGGGUCAAUGCGACACAAUGACCAGCAACACCUUCACCGUUUCAGGCUCUGCCGAGGAGCAAGCUGGUGAAGCCGAAAAGGCAGCUGAAAGCGAACAAUACGAAACAACCGGAUACAGCCAAGGAGACGGUAAGGCGGACCAUUCCACGGGAGCUGAUGUUUCAGGUUUCCCUCCCCCUUCUGUUCCCCACGACCCUACACGAAGAAAAAUCUCUCCUGCCGCUACUCCUUACGAACGCCCAUCUGAUAUGCGUCGGUAUCUUGCCAAUGAGGAUGCAGAUGCCGAAGUUUCCGAGGAACAUCAGAUGACCGAGACGGCAGUUGGCCGUGAGUUGGGCAAGAAGAAGAAGGCGGUAUAUGUUGCUGAACCUGUAAUGAAGGCACCCGCCCCAAUGAUGAUGCCUGUGCCGACCAAGAAAGCUGCUCCCAUGUUCGUUGAGGCUGCCCCCACCAAAAAGGGAAGAUACCUCGCUGCUGUAGAUGACGCCGAGACCCAAUUUGAGACUGAGCACUUCGAGACUGAGCAGGAAAACACAGCCAGUGAACGUGGCUUGGGCAAGAAGAAGAAGGUUGUAGUUGCUCCAGCACCCAUGAAGGUUGCUCCUCCCCCGCCACCUCCCGUUAUCAUGGCCGCACCCACUAAGAUGGCCCCUGUUCCUAUGGCCAUUCCAGCUGCUCCUACCAAGAAGGGAAGGUACCUUGCUGCCGUGGAUGAGGUUGAGAUGCAGGUCGAGGGCGAGCAGUUCGAGACUGAGCAAUCCGCCAGUGCCAGCGAGCGCAGCCUGGGAAAGAAGAAGAGAGUUAGUUAUGUUUCUCAGCCAAUAGCUGUGGCGGCUGCCCCCGUUAUGAUGGCAGUGCCUGCUCCGGCGCCUCCUCCCGUUGUGAUGACAGUGCCUGCUCCGGCACCUGCUCCCAUGGCUGUUCGGGCUGCCCCCAGUAAGGCGGCUGCUCCUCUGGUGGUUGAGGCCGCUCCCGCUCCAGUGGCCCCUGCUGCCGUGGUCGUUGAAGCCGCCCCGACAAAGAUGGCUUCUGCUCCCAUGGUUGUUCGGGCUGCCCCUACUCGGCCGCCUCCUGUGAUCAUUGAAGCUGCCCCUUCUAAGAUGGAAUCUGCACCUAUGGCCAUUGAAGCUGCCGCCCCUCGCAUUGAAUCUGCACCUGUAAUCAUUGAAUCUUCCUCUUCUAAGAUGGAAUCUGCACCUAUGGCUAUUGAAUCUACCACAACUCUCAUGGAAACUGCACCUGUGAUCAUUGAAUCUUCCUCUUCCAAGAUGGAAUCUGCACCAAUGGCCAUUGAAGCUGCCUCCACUACGAUCGAAUCUGCACCAGUGAUCAUUGAAUCUUCCUCUUCUAAGAUGGAAUCUGCACCUAUGGCAAUUGAAGCUGCCUCUACCGAGGUGGAAUCUGCACCUCUGAUCGUUGAAGCUGCCUCAUCUAAGAUGGACUCUGCGCCUAUGGCAAUGGAGGCCACUCCCAUGAAGGCAAGGUUAUGA